AUGACUACAGGCUUCAGAGUUUAUAGAAGUAAUGGAACUUAUAUAAACCUUACAGGUUAUAGCAACUACGGUGCGUUAUAUUUUGGAUAUACUAAUAAUCAGGGAGGUGGUCGUAGAGGACCCGGAUCUGAAAACUUUAUCGUUUCAAGUACUUCUGAAAUGACAUUGUAUGGCAUGGGUGCAUUACGAAAUGACUUCGUGAAUUUCACUCCAGGAUACCCAUCCAUCCGAUCGAUGCAGGAUAUUGAAAAAGAGAUCUCCAAAUUCAUCAGGUACACCGGCAUUUUCGGAAAUACCAUUGCCUACGAUGGCAUCUCAGAAUGCGCAGCCGUAUGUUUUGCCGCCAAUCCUGGGGCUGCUUCAGACUAUGUGGUUACAGACUGGUCAAAAGCACCGAACAGCUACAUUUUCACAGGAAAAGAUAGAAAUGGAAAGGAUCUUGACGGUCUUUACAUUCCUGUGAAGAAAGCUUAUGAAAUGUGGUCCAGAGGAGGUGAAUUCAUGAAAGACGACAACGGAAACUACACUCCUAUUCCAUCCGGAACGGUGACAGCUGGUUUAUAUUGGGAGGAUGAACCCGGAUUGAUCAAGUCCAUUGCUUUAGAAGGAACAGGUGAAAAUGCUAAAAUUAAGGUCUUAGUUAAUAGACUUAAGGAAGGAAAUGCCGUCGUAUCUUAUCGAGUCAAUGAUCAAGUUUACUGGACUUGGCAUGUUUGGGUAACAGAUGAUCCAACUGUGAAUGGUAGUACUUACCGUUUGGGUUUCGAGAAAGAUAAAAACGGGCUCUCUGUCACAGAUUGGAAAUGGAUGGACAGAAACCUUGGGGCAACAAGCGCGAACUUCCUGGGUAACGAUUGGCAUAAAUCUCAAGGGUUACACUAUCAAUGGGGAAGAAAAGACCCAUUCCCAGCUUUUGGACAUAAAGACGGAACGAUGUAUGAGAUUUCUGGAGAAAUCGGUAACAUGAGGAAUCAAUAUGCUGUUUAUCGAACAGGAUCAACUUCUUCAUUACCGGUAAAAUACAGAGGAAACCUAUAUCCACAAGACAAUACGGGAUAUGACACUCCGAGCGGAAAUAUUCGUUAUUCUGUUCAGAAUCCGAUCCACAUGAUCAUUCCACCACUUUAUGUAAGAAAAUAUAAUGAGACGGUGAAUAAUAAUGGAGAAGAUAUGUUCGUUCAAAACAGUGCCAAAAUAUGGUACCACCAAAGAUAUACAACAUGGUUCUCUAAGCAGAAAUACAGAAACGAAUUCAGCACGGAUGCUUCAAAAAAUGUUGCCUGGGAUCUUUGGGGUGACACUCGUGGUGGCAAGAUAAGUGACCUAAAUAACGCUCAAUUAGCUGAAGAAAGUAAACGUUACGCAAUGAAAUCGCCUUAUGACCCUUGCCCGUGCAACUGGAGAGUACCAUCGUACUAUGAUAAUAUUGGCAGCCAUAGCAAUGACAAUAACGCUUCCCCUUGGGGAAGAAUCGGCGGGGUUAAUGAUGUAGAUACUUUUACAUCCGAUCCGGCAUCUUCAAGUACUAGAUUUCCAGGAAUAAAGAUAUAUCCUGGAUUGUUUACAGAAUACAUCAGUACUUUCAUAAUUUUAUCCUUCUUAGGGUCUGUAGACGAAAACACUGAAGAAUAAUCUGUUGAAAAUUCUUUAGAGUAAUUGGCUAUAUAAUUAGUGUUGUCGA